AUUGCACAAGGCAUGGGAAGACCUCCAUGUCACCCUGGCCUGUCUAAAGGACCAUGGCUUCCUGAUCAACGAGGCCAAAAGCCAUCUCUUUCCGUCCAACCGCAUUACACAUUUGGGAGCGACUAUAGACUCUCUACAUGGCCUCCUCACUUUGUCCCAAGACAGAGUCAGCAAGAUUCGACAAGUAACAUUGGAUAUCCUAUCAUCCCCCUCGCCGGACCUGAUGAAAUUGGCAACGCUUCUCGGCUUGAUGGUGUCCACGUUCCAGACGACGCCUUGGGUACGUCAUCACUCCCGCACACUUCAGUGGGCACUUCUGCCCUUUCAAUCCGACAUAGCAUCCAGACAUCACCGCAGGAUAACUCUGUCACCACAGGUUCGACAGUCACUGUUUUGGUGGACCCACGAAUUCAAUCUAACGAGAGGCGUUCCCUUCCAGGAUCCACCACACACCCUGAUAACAUCAGAUGCCAGCUUAUCAGGUUGGGGAGCCAUAUGCGACAGGCAGGUGGUUCAAGGCACAUGGUCUCCUCUGGAGUCCACUCUGCCGAUCAAUUUCCUCGAACUGCGUGCAGUUCAUCUGGCCCUCAGGCACUUCGCGACCUGCAGACAGUUGGGAGCGGUGCUGGUCAGAACAGACAACGUGUCGGCCAAAUCUUAUUUGAACCGUCAGGGGGGCACACGCUCCCUCCUUCUUCAGAAGGAGGCCUUUCUGCUCUUCCAGUGGGCAGAGAACAAUGUCGACUCGAUAGCGGCAGAAUAUCUCAAGGGAGAGGACAACAGCCAAGCGGACUGGCACAGUCGGGAAAAGCUACUUCAAGGGGAAUGGACUCUUCACCCAGAGGCUUUUCAUCAGAUAGUGAAACGUUUUGGCCACAUUCAUGUGGACCUCUUUGCCACCAGGCACAAUCGACAGGUGAAGAGAUUCUUCUCCCGGUAUGUGACACCAGGCGCGGAAGGGACGGAUGCCUUAACUUCCCGGUGGCCUCCGGGCAGACUGUAUGCCUUUCCUCCGAUUCCAGUUAUUCCCAGGGUGAUCAAAAAGCUUCGGACCGAGAGAUCGGCACUCCUAUUAGUGGCUCCAUGGUGGCCACAGAGACCUUGGUUUCCAGCCCUUCUCGACCUGUCGGUGGAACCACCAUGGCAGAUUCCAGUACGAAGGGACCUACUCUCUCAGGGACAGCUCCGCCACCCGGCUCCAGAGUGGUAGGCGCUUCAUGUAUGGAACUUGAACGGAGGAGACUCUUGAAAAAAGGCAUCUCUCCCCAAGUGUUGGAAACUAUGAUGGCUUCUAGACGCCCUUCCACACUCAGAAUUUAUGAGAGCACAUGGAAGGCAUUCUCAUCCUGGUCACAGAAGAAAGGAAUUCUUCCUCGGAAGGCGGGGGUCAACCAGAUCUUGUCUUUUCUACAAGACGGAUUAUCUUUGGGCCUCAGACCAAAUACCCUGAAGCGCCAAGUUUUGGCCUUGUCGGCAAUCCUCUCCAGAUCUCUGGAUAAUCCAAUCGGAUCUCACCCUUUCAUCAAACGUUUCCUCAGGGGUGCGACGGUAACAGCACCACCUACGGUGCGCCACUACCCAACUUGGGAUUUACAUAAAGUUUUAUCAGCCCUUCAAAGACCUCCAUUUGAACCUCUGAGUCAGGUUUCCCUCCGUCUUCUCUCCUUUAAAGUCUUGUUUCUCGUGGCCAUCACUUCAGCCCGUAGAGUGUCUGAGUUGAAUGCCCUAUCCGUCCAUAAAAAUUUUUGUAUGUUUCAUAAGAAUAGAGUAGUCCUACAUAAUGUUCCUUCCUUCCAUCCCAAAGUGUUGUCUACUUUCCAUUGCCAGCAAGAGCUGGUAUUGCCGUCCUUUUGUCCGAAUCCUGUCCACCCUUUAGAGAAAGCCUGGCACUCUCUUGAUGUGCGAAGAGCGCUUAAAGUUUAUAUUUCCAAGACAAAGCCAAUUCAGAAAACAGAUAAUUUGUUUGUCUCUUUCCACCCUACCUCCCUAGGGAAUAAGGUGUCCACGUCCACACUAGCCAGGUGGAUUAAGGCAUGCAUAUCAUUAGCUUAUGCCUCUCUAAGAUUACCUCACCCUACUGGAGUAGUAGCUCACUCUACCAGAGCAGCGGCCACAUCAGCGGCCUUUUCCCGUAAUGCCCCUCUAGCGGAGAUUUGUAGAGCAGCCACAUGGUCCACUCCCAAUACGUUCAUUAAGCAUUAUAAAAUAGACUCCUAUGCUUCAUCGGAGGCAGCCUUUGGGAGGAGGGUGCUACAGCACAUCCUCAAGGAUCAUUCGUGACCACAGCCCAGCAGUAUUCCCACCCUACAUGGGUCAGCUUUGGUAUGUCCCAUCUGAUAUCAUCUUUCCAUGCACAGGAGAAGAGACAUUUGGUCUUACCGUGAAAUCUGUCUUCUCUGUGCAUGUCAAAGAUGAUAUCAGGGCCACUCCCUAUGAGUGCUGGGCUGCCUUUAUAAGCACGGUUAGCCCUGGAGCAGAGAGUGUAUGAGUACUGUUGUCUUGUCUUGUUUGUGGCGUCUAUUGGCCUGAUUUCGUGGGCUUGUCAUUGGAAACUGAGCACGGAGCAGGCGCAGACCAGGGACGGAGCUACAGUAAAACAUCAGCAGUACUCUUUUGCCUUCAACCACUAGGUGGAGCUAGUUACCCAUCUGAUAUCAUCUUUGACAUGCACAGAGAAGACCGAUUUCACGAAAUAGGUUCUUAGGAAA